UCCCACUUUAGUGUUUAAUUACCUCGUUUGCGUGCGUAUUUAUUUGUCCCAUUUCCGACAGCACGUGAAGGCAGCAUAACAACCCAGAGCAGUAACUGUUACGGGUUGACACUUUAGCUUUUAGCUUUUAGCUCACAGUCAACAAACAGCGUCGGUGUCGCUCAGAGAAAGUUCAUUUCACAAUGUCAGCAGCCGGUCCAGAAGGUUCCGGCGGAGCGUCAGGCAACAAGCGCUUGCAGCAGACCCAGGCCCAGGUGGAUGAGGUGGUGGAUAUUAUGCGUGUUAAUGUGGACAAAGUGCUGGAACGUGACCAGAAGCUGUCUGAACUGGAUGACAGAGCAGACGCACUGCAGGCCGGAGCCUCCCAGUUCGAGACCAGUGCUGCCAAGCUGAAGAGGAAGUUCUGGUGGAAGAACUGCAAGAUGUGGGCCAUCCUGAUAGCUGUCAUAUUGAUCAUCAUCGUCAUCAUUAUUAUUUGGAAUUACUCCUAAAACGGCAGCCACGGGAGGAGCGGAGGAAACAAUGAAGAAGAGGAGAGAAACGACGUACAUAAUUAAUGUCUCAGAGGAAGACGUCACAUGAUUACUGGGUACUGAGCUCCACAACAUUUUUCUCCUCGCAGGGAGUCUUCAUUCCUUGUCCUGUUUUGCUCCCUGUGUGUGUUUGUGUGCGCGUGUGUUUGUGUGAGUAUUUGUACAUGUGCCUGAGCAAAGGAUUGUCAUAAUACCAGAGGUUUACCCUACAUCACUGCACCAUACCAUCUUUCAACUUGUAUUAGAGUUCUAUGCCAGUUGCCAAAGUAAACAGAAACAGUUUGAUAAUUAAAAUCAAACUCAAACAAACCUAAAAAGUACAACUGAAUCAUCUUUGAAAGUAUGACAAAGAACACAUAAACACACACACAUACUCCAACCUCAGGACUAGAAGUGAAGAUGUUGUUGUAAACUCUCCUCAACUCAUAUUUACUUUUUUAUGUUUUAUUAAUAGCCAUUGAUUUUGUGUGCCAGGCUAAGAGAAGUGCCUUUGAGGAUAUGCUGUUCUGUGUUAGUUAUGAUUGUAACAGUAACCCUGCAUAUCGUUGAAGAGAUGCCGCUUUCCAACACACACAUUUAUACUUUACAGAUGCCAAUAUUUAGAUUUUUCUCCUCAUUUUUUUUUUUUAAUAUAAAAGAUUUGCUGGUCUGUCAUUAGUGUCACUAGUGCAGUGCCUGUUCAAAACGUGCCUGUUCAAAACGUGCCUGUUCAAAUUGUGCCUGUUCAGAACGGGCCGAUCGCCUGGCCUCCGGUGUUGCUGCUUACAGCUUUCUCGAGAAUCGCUCAUCCAAACAACUUCACACUCCACGCUGCGCUUCCGUUGAUCCCUAUCAAUACACCUGCCAUGUCAUAGUUGCAUCUCCUAGCAAUGCAAGAGUAUAGGCGUUUGGGUGCAAAAGCUCACGCGAACAUCGAUGGAGAGUGAGCUGUAACCAGCAUGCCAUUUGGUGGUGUAACAGUUAAUUGGGAUCCCCUCUCAAUCCCCUGCACAGUGUGCACACAAUACACUACCAAUACAUUUGUCCCGUAGAUUUCAAGAGCUUGAAUCCUUGGGUCCUCACCCACCAGGUGUGAAGUCGAUCGGAUCAGCGGUUGUCGAGAAAAUCAAAGGACAUAUGUACCGACAGAGACUCCUUCCAUUUUUGUGAGAUGGUUACAGUCAGCCGGGGAUUGGUGGGAUCUGAUGCCUUUAUUUUAUUUAUGCACAUGGUCUAGAGCUAAUUAAUUUCUCUGUGUAAGAUGUUUGAUUUUGGAUUGAAUAAAAAUGAAUUUCAUUGGUCACCCAACAACAAAUAAGCUAACCAGUAACACACUGUUGAACCACCUGAUCAUACCUAUCCUUGUCCAUCUUCCUUUCAAAUAGAGCUUAGUUACAGUUAAAAACUAGUAUGAGCUUGUGUUUAGAUAAGUGCCUCUAUGUUAAGACCUACAGCCUCACAGCUAGAGAAACUGCCACGGAUUUAUAAAGAAAGUGCUACACUGGGUUAAAAGUGUCUCAAUCAGGUGCUCUCAAGGAUGUGCCAGAACGUUUGCCUUUGUGAUAUAUUCAAGCACAAAAAGAGAAGUAAGAAAAUGUAGUGUUAGACAGAUGCCUUAAUGGGUUUCUCCAAUGGAGAACAGCCAAAAUACAGCCACGCCUCCUUGAUCAUAUAUAAAGAUUAGUGCCUUCUGAACGCUCCAAACAAAUACUGUGCUGCUUGCUUAUUCAGCUGAGCUUAUUAACCUUGAAUUAAGUCUUCUGUUUAGUUACACUGGCAUUUAUCCCAGCUGAUCAAUGCAAAGUACUUCUCACGUGUGAUAAUUUAGUUUUUAUUAACAAUAGCUUUUUUUGCAGUCUAUUAUAUGUAGAUCUAACUUUAGGGAGACUGUAUAGUAUUUUUUUGUCUGCUGGUGAGCGUCAUGCGUGUUUGAGUGUACAGAAUGUUGAGCAAUGACGGUGUUAUAUACCGACACUGGAUGAUUGCAUUCCCUGCUGUUGCCUCUAUCCUAUUAAAAUACAUGUUUUAAUGAGAUAAACAGUUUGGGAUUACUUUGUACAUUCAUUUCACUCUGUGUUGAAUUUCAGUCCUGCAAGUACAACUGCUUAUGUUGCAUUUUUCAGUAAGGCAUAAGAAGUUAUAUGGCCUUCCCAGUGUAUGCAGGAUAAUAUGGUAAUUGAAAUGAACACUAAAACAAGGAUGGGCUCUUAUUUUUUAGAGUAUAUAGAUAUAGACAAACUGUAGCCAUUAAGGAAACUGUAAUAUUUUCAGAGGCCACUGAAAAUGCUUUUGCAGACCAGGCUUCUAUCACAGAUGUGUGGAAUUGUCAUCAUCCUCUCACGUCUACACGAGAAAUGUGAGACCCAGUAACGUCAAACCCUUGCUUAUGUCUGCCCACUGGGAACGCAUUUGGAAAUAAGUGCAAUUCUACUCUUUGGCCCAAAAUGCCUUUUGCUUGAAUAAAACAGAUUUAACUUAAA